UACCUCAGAUUUGGAGGAUGAUCCGAGUUUUUAACGGUUCUAGUCAAAAUCCAAAGCAGCCCAUCAGUUCUCUUGUUGCAAAGCGCACCUAAAACGGCUACUAGGCGUCCUCCCGCCGUCCCGGUCCUCAGGCCGAUACCGGGGCGCACCAACGGCGACGGAAGGCCGUACCCGUGUUUCGUAGAACAGAGGUCUCAACACAAUGUUGCAUGAAAUCUUACUAGCACUGUUAGGUUAUACGGGAGAUCUUAUUAUUGAUCAAAGAGAGCACCAGCAGUCACUUGGUGUUCAGUUGGCCCCCGACUCACCAAUUGCGGAAGAAUCCACCUUCGUCCUGGCUCCUGAUCUGUCCUUCAUACAACCCAGUGAAAGGGAUGUAAUUAAGAAGAUAAUUGCUCUUGGUUUUUAUUACCGAGAACUUGAUAGAUUUGCAGCUAAGUCUCGGAAUUUGAGCUGGAUUAGGUCCAACAAUGAGUCACCACUGGUUAGAGCUUCUGAACUGUUAAAGGGGAAAAAAGAGAAACAAAGUAUUUACAGGAGAGCCAUUUCCAAUGGGAUUGUUGAGGUGCUAUCAGUGUAUAGGUCUGCUGUUCUGCAAAUUGAGCAGAAAUUCUUGUCUGAUUCAUUACCAAUCUUAUCAACACUUACUCACGGUCUCAAUAAGUUCUUUGUCCUUUUGCCUCCUCUUCACGAGCUCAUUUUGGAGAUAGAGCGCAAUGGCGUUUGUGGAGGGAAGCUUCUCAACCUCUUGCACAAACGGUGUCAAUGUGGCAUUCCUGAACUGCAGACAUGCAUUCAGAGGCUUCUUUGGCAUGGGCAUCAAGUCAUGUAUAAUCAGCUUAUGUCGUGGAUGGUCUAUGGGAUUCUUCAUGAUCCAUACAGAGAAUUUUUCAUUGGCAGACAGGAUGACAAGGAUGCAGAAACAGACUCAAGUUCUGAUGUGAUUCAGAAAUUGGCACACUUGUCAACCAGUGAUGUUUCUUUAACUGAUUGGCACUUGGGGUUCCAUAUUUCGCUGGACAUGCUUCCAGAUUAUAUCCCUAUGGGUGUUGCAGAGUCCAUUUGUUUUGCUGGAAAAGCAGUCAGGGUACUUCGAAAUCCUAGCUCUACUUUUCAACUUAAUAAUGCAGCAUUGAAUCAGCAGACACAGAGAAGUCUACAAAAGAACCAAGGAUUCACAGAAGAGGUCUCUUUUGAGAAGAACUCUCCAAUGGAUUUUCAGUCAGUUGGAGAAGAUUUACUACCACAGUCUGAGGCAGAUAAGAUCGAAUCUUUGCUUCAAGCCUUAAAGGAGUCAUCAGAGUUUCACAAACGAACAUUUGAAAUGGCUGUUGACUCAAUCAAAGCAAUUGCAGCUAGUCAUCUUUGGCAGCUUGUAGUUGUGCGUGCAGACUUAGAUGGCCACUUAAAAGCCCUCAAAGAUUAUUUUCUUCUGGCAAAAGGUGAUUUCUUUCAGAGUUUCCUUGAGGAGAGUCGCCAGCUCAUGCAUUUACCACCUCGCCAGUCCACUGCAGAAGCAGACCUUAUGGUCCCCUUCCAACUGGCUGCACUUAAGACUAUUGGAGAUGAAGACAAACACUUUUGUAGAGUGUCUUUGCGUGUGCCUUCUGUUGGGAUUCCUCUCAAAUCAACUCAGCGUGAUUUGCUGAAAAAUGCAUAUGCUGAUGGAGAGAUAGGAGGGCAAUCAGAUGCUUCUUUGGAGAUGUCCCUUGACGGAUGGGAUGUCAUUUCACUUGAGUAUUCUGUUGAAUGGCCCUUGCAAUUGUUUAUUACACAGGAAGUCCUUUCAAAGUAAGACCAAACGACUAUUACAUUUUCAUACAGUGAAGUGUCUUAGCUGAAACAUAUAUUGUCUUGUUUUUUUAGUGAUUUUCUACAUUCAAAGUGUCUUAGCUCUGUCCCAAAAAAGAGCUUCGUUGAAAGACUUGUUAAAAGCGGAAAAAAGCGCCCAAAAGAGACAAAGCGCAGGCGAGCGCUCAACCUGCGCCUGGCUUUUGAGAAGCGUCCCGCCAUGAGAAAGCUACGCUUAUCCCUGCACUUUUCUUGAGUGAGCUUUUCCAUUAAGCGACGCUUUUCCGAGCUUCUCACAAAAAGCGUUGACAGGUCGUUUUUGUUUUGUUUUAGUCUUCUCCUCUCGUCGCUACAAGUUAGGGUUAUCAGGUCUAGUGUCGUUCGACUCUUUCCUCGCUCCAGACAAAGCCAGUGCGCUGAAGGAGCAGCCUGCGAUUGAAGAAGCCGGUUUCUCUGCGAGCAGUUCGGUCUGAAGAAGCCGCAGGUGAACGCCAAUUCUGAAGAAGCUGCAGUUCUAUUUCAUCCAGACUUUCUCACCGGUACCAAAGAAUUUUCCAGUACUUGCUCCGACUUAAGCGGACACAGAUGGAACUAGAAAAAUCAUGGGCUUCCUCGAUGCAUCAAAAUCACUCAGACUUUGCUAAGCACCGCAAUGACCAUUCAAAGUCUUCAUCAUCACAACAGCGGCGACAACACAUUAGACCAAUGUGGCAUGUAAGAGAGCAUAUGGCUUUCUUGAUAAAAAAUCUCCAGUUCUAUAUUCAGGUUGAUGUUAUAGAAUCUCAGUGGAAUGUUUUGCAGUCUCAUAUUCAAAAUUCUCAUGAUUUCACAGAACUUGUGGGCUUCCAUCAAGAAUACCUGGGUGCAUUAAUUUCACAAUCUUUCUUGGAUAUUGGUUCUGUCUCGAGGAUUCUGUAUGGCAUAAUGAAACUCUGUGUGCAAUUUUGCUGGAAGAUGGAGAAUCAGGCGGGCAAUGGGGAUACCAACGAGCUAGAGCAUAUUGCUGAGGAAUUCAACAAAAAAUCGAACUCCUUAUACACAAUACUCAGAAAUAGCAGGCUUGCUGGGAGUCAAAGAGCACCAUUCCUUAGGCGUUUUCUUUUGCGUCUCAACUUCAACUCUUUUUCUGAGGUGACUGCACUGAACGUUGUCGGGCACCGCCCACACCUUGCUGUUUAGCGGAUGAGUGAAUGUUUCUCUGCCUAAAAAAUACCCCGGAUUUCAAUUGGGAAAUGAAUGUUAAGCUAUUUAAGAAUCUCCGGCCUCCCUUUCAUGUUUUUAUCCUCGGAAGGAUGCGUUGUUGUGCCAAAAUGACAACACCAGUCACCUCAUAGAAGUUUCUCUGUCUAUAUAUAGCUAUGAAUAGAUGGGAAAGUUCAAAACCUAUUUCUCGAUAAGACGAGAAGUAAUCAGUUUAAUUUUUGAUUUCCUUUUUAUUCAAUUCAUACUAGUGAUUGAGUAAAUAAACCUACUUAUUAAAUAUUAAUGAUAAAAUAAACGAAAAAUAAUUCAAAACCCC